UGGUAGAAGGAUAGGGGAAUCCAUUACACUACGCCGGUUCUUUACCUGCUAACCUAGCAGGCAACUUCAAUUUCUAGCUAUUUUAGAAGUUAUUUAAUAAUCUUUUCAGUCUAUCAAUUUACAUUUACCAGAUCAACUGGAUAUAUCCUCCUCCUCGUGCUUCUCUCCGACACGUCACACCUACUUUCCUCUUUGUUAAGAUAUAAUGGAAAAAAUCACUGUUAAAUUCCAGAAUUUCCAUUUCUAAUGAAUCUUCCUCAUCUCCGAGCGUUCUCUUCAAUGGCAUCCAAGGUCAAGGAGAUGCUAUCAGUUCUCUUUGGUUUCCCCCAUGAAUGGGUUUUCUACGAUUCACUCAAACUCUACUCUUCCAAACUCCUUGAUUGUGCUCGGCACCAUCUCGAAGAGAACCAAGAGAUUAUGCGUCUGGUAUCCACCGUUUCUGGUGGGCUUCUCUUAGUUGCUGCAUGUGUGGCUGCCUACUUGAAGAGCAGGCAUAAGAAGCAAGACCCACUUGAUAGCCCUCCUGCAACGACUUUCCGAUGCAAAAUCUGCUUUGAACCCAGGUGGGGUUUGCAGUCAUUUUCCAUAAUUGGCUGCGACCAUGUCUUCUGUUGUGAGUGCAUUAGCAGUUAUGUGAUAUCCAAGUUAGAAGAAAAGGUGACGAGUAUAAAAUGCCCAGAAUUGAGUUGUGAAGAAUUGUUAGACUUUGAAUCCUGUCGUUUAAUCCUUGCACCCGAGGUGAUUGAUAGGUGGGAUGUUGCUCUCUGUGAGUCUUUAAUUGGUGAGACCCAGAAAUUUUACUGCCCUUUCAGAGAUUGUUCUGCCCUGUUGUUGAAUGAUGGGUUGGGGGUAAUUAGGGAAUCAGAGUGCCCCAUUUGCAGGAGACUGUUCUGUGCACAGUGUAAGGUUCCAUGGCAUUCUGGGAUUGAGUGUAGAGCGUUUCAGAAUUUGAAACAGUAUGAGAGAGGGAGGGAAGACUUGAUGGUAAUGGAGCUUGCUAAGCAGAGGAAAUGGCAGAGGUGUCCUAAAUGUCGCUUUUAUGUGGAGAAGUCCCAGGGUUGCUUGCUGAUCAGCUGCAGGUGUGGGUUUCGUUUUUGCUACAAUUGUGGGUCUCCAAUGAAAGAUCACUAUUGUCAGAAGUGCAAACACUAGUUACUUUUUCAUGUGUGGAUUGGUGAAAGCCCAUCUGUACUUUAAUGUUCAAAGUAGAUAGAAAGAGUUUUAUAGAAAUUUAGAUAUGAAAAUUAUUAUUAGGAAGGGGGAAGUCUUUGAUGGUAGCCAGAAUUCUCAGCUAUUCUUACUUCUUAAUAUUCAUUCCUUUUUGGAAUUUGGAUGGUAGAAUUUGAUUGUUUAUGGCCUGGAAGUUUGCCUAAACUGCUGAAUGCUUAGAUCAGAUCAGUUGAGUUUGUGCUUGUUUUUUUAGCAUUA